AUGUCAGCCCAACAACGACUCGACGCCAUCGCCGGCCACAUCAAUUCAUCCGCCACCACGACCCAAUCACCAGGUCUCAAGAAGAUCCUAGAGAAGAACCCGGAUGAUAUUGUAAUAACGUGUGCCACACGAACACCACUCACCAAAGCCCGAAAAGGCGGCCUCAAAGACACGCCGCCGGAGGAACUCCUGAUUCACGUCCUCCGUGCCAUUAAGGACAAAUCCGGAAUUGAUCCGAACGUAGUCGAGGAUGUUUGCGUGGGAAAUGUCCUUGCUCCCGCUCCAGGCUUUGGCGCCCGUAGCGCCGUAUUGGCAGCAGGCUUCCCAGUCACCACAGCAGCCAGCAUAGCAAGCCGAUUCUGCUCCUCAGGCUUACUAUCAAUCCAGACGAUCGCCAGCGCCAUCGCCAUUGGAGCCAUUGAAGUGGGCAUCGCCGUCGGCUCCGAGAGCAUGUCGACUAACCAGGACGUCCCGCCAACCCUGAGCGACGCCAUCACCUCACACCCCAUCGCCAAGGACAACUUACAGCCCAUGGGUUGGACGUCAGAGAAUGUGGCGCGAGAUUUCCACAUCUCACGCGAAGCUCAAGACAGGCUGGCCGAGACCUCCCACAAUCGUGCAGAACGGGCCCAGAAGGAAGGCUGGACCGCUGACGAGAUCACUCCCGUUACGACUCAUUGGAUCGAUCCCAAGACGAAUGAGAAGAAGACCAUCACCGUCGAUAAAGAUGAUGGCAUCCGACCAGGGACUACCUAUGAGGGCCUGUCGAAGAUCAGGCCGGCCUUUCCACAUUGGGGUGGUGCUACCACCGGUGGCAAUGCUUCACAGAUUACGGAUGGCGCCGCCGCAGUCUUGUUGAUGAAGCGGUCUACGGCUGAAAAGCUGGGACAGCCGGUCAUUGCGAAGUAUGUCAAGAGCACUGUGGUCGGACUGGAGCCGCGGAUUAUGGGUAUUGGGCCGUCGUUGGCGAUUCCCAAAGUGUUGGAGUUGACGGGGCUCAGCAAGGAGGAUGUGGAUCUGUGGGAGAUCAAUGAAGCAUUUGCGUCGAUGUACGUCUACUGCGUUGACAAGCUAGGGCUGGAUAUCAACAAAGUCAAUGUCCGUGGAGGAGCCAUAGCAAUCGGCCACCCCCUCGGCUGCACAGGUACCCGCCAAGUCGUCACUGUCCUUUCCGAAUUACGCCGACAAAAAGCCAAAGUCGCCGUCACCAGUAUGUGUGUCGGAACUGGGAUGGGUAUGGCCGGUGUUUUUGUUUCAGAAGCAUAG